UUAUUAGCGGCCUUCACACGUGCAGUUCGGAAUGGCAUUUCUGGAACUGCGCACCAAUCUGCAGAUAAAUCUGUGCAGACUAGACCGCGCGCUGAUCUGUGCUUCUACUUUACGCUUCAAUUGUAAUAACAGUUUGAACUGCGGUUCAAACUGUCUAUUUCGCUUUCCUGCAGAUAAAACUGUACGUAUAAAUGCUUUUCGAGAGUUUAGAUCGCAGUAUGGAAUGGCGCGUGGAAUGUCGACCAAUUUUAAAAGUUUUCUUUCAGUUUUAACCGGUGCAGUAGAAAUGGAUACACGUCUAGUGAUCGCGUUAGCUGGUUUUGUGGUUGGUUUUAAUAAUCUAAAAAGGAGACGUGUAUGGGUUAAGAAAUAUAGACGAAAAUUUGGACAUUUACCCAUGUUAAAAGAAAUACGAGAAAACUAUCCAGAAGAUUUUAAAAAUUACCUACGGAUGGACGGCGAUAAUUUUGAUUGCUUAUUGGAACUUAUCCGUCACAGAAUUACUAAGCAAGAUACAGUUAUGAGAAAAUGCAUAACACCAGAAGAACGUCUUUCCGCAACAUUAAGAUAUCUGGCAACUGGACGUUCAUUUGAAGAUUUAAAAUUUUCUUCUGGCAUUUCUACAUCAGCUCUAAGCAAGAUAAUACCGGAAACGUGUAAAGCGAUUUACGAAACGUUGAGGAAAGAUUACAUGAGGUUUCCUACAAGCAAAGAAGAAUGGCUGGAAAUUGCUAAAGGUUUCCAUGAUCAUUGGAACUUUGUUAACUGUGGAGGCGCACUGGACGGAAAACAUAUAAGAAUUAUUCCUCCUGCCAAUUCUGGAGCAAAAUAUUACAAUUAUAAGAACUUUUAUAGUAUGGUUUUAAUGGCUCUGGUAGACUCAAACUAUGAGUUUAUUUUUGUUGACGUUGGUAAAAAUGGCAGGAUGUCCGAUGGGGGUGUUAUUGAAUACACAACCUUUUACAACAAAUUAUUAAGAGGACAAUUAAAUUUACCCGAGAGAAGCGAGAAUGAUCAUUAUUUAAAUUACGUUUUCAUUGGUGAUGAAGGUUUUGCAUUGAAUGAAAACCUUUUGACCCCCUACCCGCAAAGAGAACUUGAUCAUGAAAAACGAAUCUUCAAUUACAGACUCUCACGUGCUCGUAAUGUUGUUGAAAAUACUUUUGGCAUAAUUGCCUCUAGAUUUCAGAUACUACGUACACCUAUUAACAUGAAACCAGAAAAUAUAUGUUACAUAGUACUAGCAAUAUGUAGUAUUCAUAAUUUUUUAAGAAAGAGAAGUAGUUUUUAUAUGUCAGCAUCAACCGUGGACAGAGAAAAUAUUGAAUCGAGUACUGUUUUAAACGGAGAUUGGCGCCAAAACAGCUCUGAACUAACUCCAUUGGACAGAUAUUCGGCCAGAAAUGUGCCUUCCUUAGCUAAACAGAGUAGAGAUGAAUACAAAACAUAUUUCAAUACAAUAGGUAAGGUUUCUUGGCAAGAAACUAUGAUAAACGCUGGUAGAUCAUAGCUGUUAAUAUGGACAAACCUUUAAUUUUUAUGUAAUAAUCAUUUAAUUUAAUUUUAAAAUGAUAAUAAUCACUUACUUAUACGUAAUAAAAAGGUUUUCUGUGAAAAA